AUGGGUUUAGUCCAGUUCGAAGAUGGAAAGGUCCUCUAUUACCCAUAUACUCCUUCGUCUGCAGCUGGCUAUGGCUUCAUGGCAUGCUUUGGCAUUGUAACCUGCGUACAUAUCGUUCGUGUUGUGCAGACCAAAAGGCGUUUUUUUAUCCCUAUGAUCCUUGGUGGUAUAUGCGAGACGUUUGGAUAUUAUGGCCGCGCUUGGGCCGGUCAGCUACCCAACUCACCCAGGCCAUUCAUGUUGCAACUCAUGCUCAUUCUCGUCGCCCCAGUAUUUGUCUGCGCAACUAUAUACGUCACUCUGGGGCGACUAAAAAGCCGUAUCCUCGGUCGACCUAAUCGAAAAUGCAGCAUAACGGUGCUUUUCAUUCUUACCGACAUCGUGGCUUUCUGCUCACAGAUUGGCGGUGGUCUCGUUCAAGUUACCGGCAAUCUCAACUUAAUGAAGAUUGGAGAUCAUGUUAUUCUGGGUGGCCUCGUCUUCCAACUGGUAGUUUUGGCUGUUUAUCUGGGUCUGGUCUACAGGUUCUGGAGAGAAGCUAAGAGCCAGAAUGACACAAAUGGUCCUCGGUGGCAGCCCUUCACAGCAGCGUUGGCUGGAACGGUGGUAGCAAUUUGGAUUCGAAAUCUAGUUCGAGCAAUCGAGUUCAUGCAAGGGUUCCAUGGUUUCAUCAGCGAAAACGAGUCAAUGCUGUAUAUCUUUGACGCCUUUCUCAUGCUACUGGUUAUGGUGGCUUUUAUUCCGUUCUACGAUAGUAGUAGUAUAGUGCCGCAGCACGUCAAGAGAGGAUGGGAUCCUAUCGAGCUGGGCCCCUAA